GACAAAGGUUUUCAAGCACUUAACUGGAAUAAGUUAACGAUCGACCCUACUUAGAAAAGGAUGAGUCAUUAAUGUGUUAUCAAUGUACGAUGAACGCCUGCACAUCAUGCACUGGUGCGCUUAUGUAAGAAAUUAGUCUUGCGGGGACCAUCGGGCCGCUAACACGUGACAGUCAAACACACGUCUACGAUUAUGUCACGGUUGCCUCUCGGAUCGAGUAACGCUGUGCUUAGCAGUGAUAGGGACGCCGGAAACGUGGAAAAUGGAAACAAGGGAAAGGGCCUCGUCGGCGGUCUCGACGGUGAAAAGCCGGAAGGGCGAGUUCUGGUACUUUACACGGGCGGCACGAUAGGGAUGAUGCGGAACGAGCUGGGUGCGCUGGUACCGGUAGCCAACGCGUUCGUCAAGAACCUGCGGAGGUAUCCGCAGUUGUACGAUCGCGAGUACGCUGAGAAAAGAUUCGGCGCGAUGGGACCGCUGGUACUGCCCAUGUCAGCGAUCGACAAUCGCCGGGUCGUUUACAGCGUGUUGGAGUACUCGAAACUUAACGACUCUAGUAACAUGAACAUGACCGAUUGGAUUCGCAUUGCUAACGAUAUCAAGGUAUGAUAGCUUCUUGAUGAUGAUGAUGACGUCAACACUACCGGAAUCAAUGACGCAAUCGCAUUUCUCUCCUAUCACAAUGUUGCGUGCAUCUAAUUUACUUCCUUUCUUUAAAUUUAAUUAAUUUUAAUUUAAUUUGCUUAAAUUUUGUCAAAUAUUCGAACGUUACGGAAUACUUGGAAUGAAUUUUGCUCAAGUAAUU